AAAAUGCGCGCACAUCUGUUUCUCGCUUAUCCUCACUUGCUUUACUAUCAAAUUGCGGACAGUUCUUGUCCGUAUCUACACAUGUACAUUCCGGAGAGAUGUCAAAAAUAAUGACAGUACUUUCUGUUGAUUAAAGUCAUUCAAAUUGACAAUAGUGCUUAUUUUUACUUAGGGUUUUAUUGUUGGAGCUUAAUCGUUGCGAUACAAAACGUUUUGAUAUAUAUCUGUGUAUAAAGUGAAAGUGAAUUCGUUUAAUUAGACACGAUGGGAACCAGAUUUGCAGCAUAUAGUUUAAAGUUGACUAGUUUGCAUGAUUAUUAUCAACGACUACUUCACGGGAGUCAGCCGAUGCCUUCCGGUUUGGACAUUGCGAAUACAUUGAAAUAUUUUUCUCAAACCUUGUUAUCUCUAUUAAAAGAAGUACGCGAAGUGCCGUUCGAAAUGAUCAAAACACAGAAGUUUGAUGGGGAACGGAUGGCAUUAUAUCCAAAUCUGGAUUAUAAACAGCUUUACAAUGCAUUGACGCAGUUAAUUGAUGUUGUGCCGUUGAUCCACAUUGGUUUACAAGCGUUUGGGAAAGCUUUGUUGCAGUGUCUGGCAUGCUUAUUGCCGUUUCUCGAUCACGAUCUGAUUGACAAUUUAUCGUACUUAACUGCUAGUACGAUAUCGGUUCUUCCCAUGGAGUUACAUGAAGAAAUCGUCAAUUACCUAUGUUUUUACAUUUUACCAUUUACUAUCACGAGAAGAAUCGAAAUUGGGGAGGAGAAUGCUGCUAGUCAAUCAGUAGCUGCUGUUAUAAUGAUGGUAUUUCAAUAUUCCAAUAAUCCAGCGCAUCACUGUCAAUUGCUGGAAUGUCUGAUGGCUUUGAAACCAGGAGUCGUCAAAGACAUACUUUGCGUUGUUGCUUACGGUACUGCGCCGGCGAGAGCAUCUGCUGCAAAAUUACUUUUCUACUAUUGGCCGUCGUUCAAUCCAAAUCUAUUUGAUCGUCGUGCGGUGUUGGUAAAAUUUGCUAAUGAUCUCACUCCGUUCGUGUGCCAACGAGAUAGCUGCCCGAAUGCUGGCAACGCAGAAGCUGGUAAAGUUUGUUACGAUCAUCGCAUCUCCAUCACAUUUGCUAGCGAAUCUCCGCCUCCUCUCUAUCUUUGUAUCGAGUGUGCAAACGAGAUACAUCGAGAACAUCCGAAUCAGAUGUUUUACGAUAUUUUGCAUCCGAUGCAACAGGUGUCUAUGAUUUGCGAGAACAAAAACUGCAGAGCGGCGGACAAAUCAGCUAUCAGCAUUUGCUUCUCAACAGAAUGCGCGAGUUAUAAUGGAAAUCAUCCAAUACGAUAUUGUCAGCAGUGUCACAAUAUUCGUCAUAACAAUCGUCGUGGCGGUGAUCAUGUUUAUCAUAUGGCACUUCCACACAUCUCCCAAUUGGAUUCGCAAACGCAAACUUAUAUGGUUCAAGCUAUUGUCAGUUUGCUGAGGGAAGCUGAACCGCUAAGUAUCGAUAGUAAUCGUGACACGGACAUAAGUACUAGUACUACUAAUAAGGGUGGUAUAGGAUUCUCAGGUGGCGGAUCCGGAAGCGGGAGCGGUGGCGGCGUUAUCGGUAAUACGUUUGGAGGUCACUACGAUCCUACAAGUUUGGAGGAGCGACAACUCCUUGGCAGAUACGGCGUAUGGCUGCUCGUGGGACUUUGUACCCCUAACGAGGAUACCCCGGUUGAAAUACUGGGCCGUUUGUUAUCAAUGUUAUUUCAUUGGUUUCAUGUCACUGCCUACUGUUUCGAUGGCCAAGCAGAAAGCGCGCUUGAAAAGCUGAAGACGGAGUACAUCUGCGGCUGGCUUUCGGAAGUUAUGAAAACACAUUACGAAGUAUUCAUUUCCUGUCUUCUACCGCAUCCUGCGGACUACGUUAGGGUUGGAGGUCAUUGGGAAACCUUAGCUUCGCGGACAUCGCAUCUGAAGGAGGGAUUGCAUCGACUAUUCUGUUUAGUUCCAUACGAAGUAAUUACACCCGACGUAUGGGAUUAUGUGAUGCCGCAUUGGAUGGAAGCAAUGGUGAACGACGUUCCGGAACACGAACUUCACGAGCUAAAAAUAAUAUUGAGCAAAAUUUUGGACCGGGAUAUGAAUUCUUUGGGAUUUGAUGCAAAGAAGAUGUAUAAUUUUGUAGCAAAGCGGUUUGUCAAUACGAGUGCAAAAAUACAAGAACAGGCCCUUCAUUGGUUACAAACGCUUACCAUGCUGGAAAUAACGAUACCUAUGGAUCAACUAUUUUCAAUAUUCAGUGACGGAGUUGCCGUUAUGCAAUCAAUGAACUCUGCAGAAUCAGAACAGAAACCAAGCAAAUCUGUAAAGGAUGAGGACGGAAAUAUUACAUGUUCUAUAGUGGAAAAUGAUUCAGGGAAAUCCACGCCACUUUCCGACGAUAUGAUACCAACACCGAGACAUAUGGAAUUUACAACAAACGCGGAACUUAAUUUGUCUUGUUGCAUUCUUAUGCUUGACAUAUUAUUAAAACAGAUGGAGCUUCAAAAUGUAGAUAAACAUACUGGAAUUAACACAUCGGUUUGUCGAGAUGCUUGCUAUUUGAUGAAAUCCAUAGUUGCGUCUAAUUGGAACAACUGUCAUGUGUGCAGUGUAUCGGACAGUGAAUGUACUUAUUGCGAAUCGAGGGUGAUUUGGCAUCAACUAUGUUUGCAACUGAUUACUUACAUGGCACCGGAAAAUCCAGCGCAUCCCCCUGAUCCAAUUAUAGAUGAAACUUUAGAGGAUCAGAAAAAUAAAAAUUCACCGGAAACGGGAAAGAAAAGUGACUCGAAAACGGAUGUAAUUAUCAACAUGCCCGUGCCGGAGAUGCACUCUGUAGGAGGAGUUUUAGUUCAUAUGCCACACUUCUUCGAACAGAUUAUGACAGCCACCGUAGAGACUGUUUCGGAACAGUUGGAUCUUGCAGCUAUCAUGCCGACAGAGAAAAUUAUGCCUGCCGUUGUGAGAACGGUUACAUUGUCGGAAACGGAUCUUGCUAGUGCAACGGCGAGCGUAGCGAAAACACAUCUGAUGAACGAAAAUGAAUCUUCGAAUCCAAGUCCGGAAGCUGAUCUAGACGACUUCUGGCAUACCUCCAUGGGAAAAUUUCGUUUCACGAUAGAAGAAUUACCUGAACAACUUCAAUACAUUCAUAAGCUAUUGAAGGAGAUAAUGACAAUUGACAAACCUGACAUCCUUUACUACAUGCUGCAGUGUUUAAAUGUGUUGUGUUUGUAUGGCGACGCAUUUAAUGUGGCGGUAAAGGAUCAUCAGGGGUUCUUUAUAUGGUGUCAAGAGAAUUUGUUAAUAAAAAAUUUCUGGGAACUGUUAAAUGCGGAGCACUCGCAUAUAGCACAAGUGACCGUUCCGUUAUUAUUACACUGCGUGACAUUACCUUGUGGCACCGAUACUUUUUGGCGGCUUGUACAAGAAGAGUUUCACAAUUCUGAUUGGCGUGUUAGAUUUGUCGCAGUCGAACGUGUCACGUUAAUUGCCAGAUUUAUGGAUUCAACGCCAUUGCGGAAUAUGUCGAGUCUUCAAGCGGCGUUAGCGAAUGCGUUUUGUUAUUUAAUUAUGAGCAUGGACGACAAUAAUGUGUACGUUGCUCAGCGUGCAACCUUAUAUCUCGGUACCAUUCACGACACAGCAGUUAGGUCGUUAAUUUUAUGUCUGGAGACACAAUUCGAUUCCGUAAUCGUAGAUCGACCAAUGGUAUUGCAAUCGCUCUACCAACUGCACAAUAGCCUCAGCGAUCGACGUAUCUUGACAUGGGAAUUUUUUUUAAAUCGAUUCGACACCCUAUUUUUAGAGGCUCAACUUAAUUUGGAAAAGUCGGGAGAUACAGCUUAUUUACGUGACUUAAAAAAUACGGAUCUGAACAGCGAAGUGUUUAUGAAGAAAUUGCAUCGCGCGCAAGAGGCGUUAUCUCAAUCUGACGGCAGCGGGACAAGUUCGGUGAAAACGUUGAGCGCGAGUUUCGGCACAAAGUGGCCUUACAAGCGUACGAUGUCCGCACCAGCGUCGAUGAUACCUCGACAAGACACUAAGCAAGAAAAGGAAAAGGUGUACAGCCGACAGUAUUCCGCACCCAUCCUGAAAAGGAAGAGCUCGAGAUUCGGACUGGGUCAGUUACUAGGGUCUACCCCACCUAAUAACAGUAUUCAAGAUGGUCAUAUACAUUCACUAAACAUGGUUGACGAAGCAGCUAGCACGCUGCCAGCGUACACUCAUAAAAUCGUGGAUCUUGAAGAAGCGGAUAAAGAAACGAUGCAUUUGCUAGUCUUUCUCUUGAUGCAAUUUCUUUCGAGACAAGAUCAGGCGUAUCCGACGGACGAGAAACCAAUGUCGAAAACACAAGGCAUAGUCUUGCGGCACCUGUAUCUUCUUUUGGGAUAUAAUCAAACUGAGCGCACUUUCCAUACUAAUCCGCAACGUCUAAGGUAUUCACCAGUGUUUAACGUCUUCAUAGCGAAUUUACCGCAACUAUUAGAUCAGAAUCAUGUGAUGGGUUGGUUAAUGACACCGUCAGUUCUGGCAAUAUUACAACAUUGCCCCUGUCCUCCACAAACUACACCUCCUACUGAUCAUCAACCGCCUAAUUACAGUCUUUGGUAUUUGGAGCCACACAUCAGGCGAUCUUGGUUGAUGUCUCUGCUUGUUAUUUUAUACAAGUGUCAGUACGGACAACAACUGUGGUGUAAUCAACUUCAAGCAUUAGUGAAGAUAGUGUUGAACACACUCGACACACAACAUCAUCAAUGUAAGAGGAUCCCGGCGACUGUAGUCAUGGGUGCUCCACCUUCAAGAUCUCGCGAUGUGUCUCAACCUUCGCUCGGAGUGGAACACGAGUCGACGAACGCAGAAGUAGACGCGGAAACUCCGCCAAUACGAGGACCAAUAGUCGCGCAUCAACGCAGUCCUGGAGGGAUGCAUGGACAAAUGGAGACUCACUGGGAGGAAAACAAUGGUCCAACGUCUCGUUAUUUUAACAAACAUUUCACCAGCUAUUCGAUCAAUGCGGAUGAUACGGAAUCUGAGCUGGCCGCAAUCCCUGAGAGUCCAAAAUCUGACAGCACCUUACACGGCAGCAGUGCAGGAUCCUUUGGGGAGUUAGAGGAUACAGUUCCUAGAAAUACGUUUUUUCAAGAACCACGCACGUCGAUCGUAUCGGACAAGAUGAACAUAACUGAACCAAACAGUCAGAACAUUAAUAAAGCAAAAGCGGAAUCUGUAACAAAACCUACAUGGUUUCUGGGAAAUGAAGAUGACACUUGCCAGGGAAACAAAAGCGGGGCUCAAAAGAAAUGGAGUGUUUACGAAGGAGUGAAAAUGAUGGUAACGAGCACAUUUUUAACUGGACAGCAAGAACCUCUAAAAUAUCAGCCUAAGACAAUUAUGCCUUCGGUAAAAAACGGUAAAGGACCGUUUAAUGGAAAUACCAUUUCGAAACCAUAUGAUUUCUCAAGUGCUUUAGCUAUUGCAACGAGCAUUUCUAAUGUUCAAAGGUGUGAAUUAUCGAAGGAGAAGGAUAAAGAGAAGGAAAAAAAAGAAAGGGAAAGGGAACAGAGGAAAGAGAAAGAGGAAGAAAAAGAAAAAGUAUUUGUAAAAUCCGCAGGCUCUGUCAAUAAUACCGAGUCGUUGAAUACGAAACAUUUAGGUAGACAGAAACAUGUGGAACAGAUUACUAUUACAGCUAUAUCACCGGUUUCACCUUGCCAAGUGAUUACAGUGACGAAUAGUGACCACUCGAGUUCACCAGCAUUGAGUUCUUCUAUAUCGUCGCAAGUUAUGAGUACGGAGAAUGGGCAACAGCAGUUAAUUCCUGCCGAUCCACCUUUGAUGACUGCUCCGACAGUCGAACGAUUGCUGCCCAUUGGUACAAUAAUACGUGCCACUGGAUCGCGAACUGCGCAACGUGUGUUAAAAUGUGAAGACACGUACGGAUCUCCAGAAUCACCAUUAUCAAAAAUGGACAUUUUGACAGUUAAUUCAUCGUUUGAGCAAGACAGCGAAACUUGCAUGUCUAGUGAUAUUACAAGUCCACAUAGUAUUUCUCAGUUAGAACUCCCAACGCCGGAACGAUUGCUACCGGUUGGUCCUCAGAGAGAAUUUUCUAGCUUAGUCGAGCGAGUACGUCAAGUCCUCGAUAUUUCGGAUGUCGAAGAUAUGAAUAAAUCAAAUGGAAGUGCAAAACGUGACACUCACGACAUAGUACUCGUGAAGCAGGAUAGCGGGACAUCUGAAAAUGUGUCAACAUCACUCGUGCCGGCGUGCAAUGAAAUUAAUUCGAGUAGAUCGCCAAGUCCGAGAAGAUUAAUUAAACAGGUGGCUUUGGAAUCAUCUCCACCAGCGGUUGAUUCCGGAGAUUUUGUUUGCUUAAAAGCAACAGACUAUGAUCAAAAGACGAAAUCAAAGGAUCAAUUCCGUAUUCAACGCGAUAGGACACGGAAGAGCACCACCACAAUGGAUCAAGAUGCGAUCACUCACGCGAGGCGGACAGAAGCCUGGUGCUCGGAAUGCGGAACGAUAAGAGAAGAAUAUUCCGACGAGGAGCUUGGAUUGUGCAUAAUAACUUUGGGAACGUUCAUUCAUCGAGAGCCAUCCUUAGCGGCGCCGUUAUUGCCAGAAAUACUUGGCGUGGUUACCAAGGUUGGACUUAACGCGAUGUAUCCUUGGCAAAGCGAAACGAAUAUGCAUUUGCCGGGUGGUGCAGUCAGCGUAGCGCAUCAGUUUCUCAGAUGUGUCCUUCAUCAAUUAGCACCCAAUGGAAUAUUUACGCAAAUGUUUCAGACUCAUUUGAACGAAACGACGAGGUUGCAGUUUUUCAAGAGCGUUGCACAAGCCUUGAUCGAUUUUAACGAAUUGAAUCCCAUUGCGCCUUUGCAAUUGUUGCUCGAGACAUUAAACAUGAAGAAAUCAUUGCCGCUGGAACGGUUGCCAAUAAUAUUGUACAACAUAGCGUGCUAUUUGGAUUGUUUGCCGUUAGAAGCCGGACUGGGUCCUGGUGCGACCACGUGGAGUGGACUGUUGGUGCAAUUUGAUGGAUUAUUUCGAAGACUCGUUCUUUUGCUUCCUUCUAUAGAAGAUAUUACUCCUCUUCUGCGAAUUAUGAUUUCGAUAUUAAAAGUGCCAGGAAUUCAGCAAUCAAAGGGAAUGCUGGAUCCAUUUUCCAAAGUGUUAAGUUACGCUAUACAAAAUUCAGCAUUACAAUACAGUUAUUUAACGGACUUGUGCUACUUGUGUCACAGAGGAUUCACCCGUGAUCGUGAUAAACACUUUUUCGGAAGGACAAUUGUAUUCGAACUAAUUCAGGCCAUUAAGUUUAAAAUCACACUACCAGAUUCAAACUUUUUGCUACUUCUUCAAUUCGUUCUCCAGGACAUUGGAGGAUCCUUGCCUAAUACUAUUAUCGCAAUGGAAAAUAAUAUUCAAACAGACACGUCACCAAUCUACAACACAAAUGCUUCUGAAUCUUUAAAAAGUCAAUUGUCGGAUGUCCUUGAGUUUUUAGCUGAUUUUCAUACUUUAAGCAAGAUCAAGAGCUACAGCAAAGGCAUGCAAGCGGGAUUAAACGAGGAUACGAUAGGCGGAAUGUUAAAGUGCGGUCUUGCUCAAUAUGUAGCUUUAGAGAUAACGAGAGGCAACAAUAGAGAAAACAGAGCCGUCGCGCGUUAUUUGCCUUGGUUAUAUACCGCACCAUCUACUAUACAACAAGGUGCUCGUGAAUACGUCGAUUGUAUCAGUCACAUCAGAUUGUUAUCCUGGCUGCUACUGGGUUCCCUUACUCAUAUAGCAAUGUAUACUGGCAACAAUAACAGUCAUACCCACUCAACGAUACCAUUGGCGCAACCAAUACCUCAAGAAGUGUCUUGCCACAUCGCCGAUCAUAUACAAGUUAUUUUUGCGGGAUUUCCAGAACAAUCGAAGACUUCGGUUCUCCAUAUGUCGUCGCUUUUCCACGCGUUCAUUCUUUGUCAACUUUGGACGAUGUACUUAGAAGAAAUGUCGAAAAAUAAUGCAUCAAACAGCGAGGGUCAUAACAUCACCAUGAACAUUUUGUUAGAAUUUUGGGGAAAAAUAACGCCGUGUAUUUUACAACUCGUUUCCUAUUCUAAGGCUCUGUCUGAAAUGCUUAACUUGCAUUUCUUAAGUUUAUUAGAAGCCUUGUUGGAAUGCGGAUCAAUUCUGCUAAGUAAAUUAUUACCUCUAUGGAAUUCAAUUUUAUUUUCUCAUCAUGUUCAGUUACCAGGGCACCUACAAGUGCGUUUGCAGAAUUGUCGCGAUUUCCCACCCAGUAGAAUGGCAGAACAUUUUGUUUCCAAUCGAAAAGAAUCAAACGCGAUACUCCUACGAUGGCUACAUCGAUUACAAUUUAAGAUGGGCCAAAUAGAAAUGCAAUCUUCCACCGCUACGCAAUUCUAUUCCAUUUAAGAAGGAAGGAAAGGAAGAACUUAUAGGUAUGAUUAGCUAUACAAAGAAUAAAACGAUAUCACGUUGUCCACAAACAGUGAAAACAGAUCAAGUAAAAUAGUUUAUUACAAGAAUAAUAUAUAGAAGAGUUUGUUACUAGAAUAAAAUUGUUUAUUACUAGAAUAA